CGGCAACAAGCAAGGUCGCUAGCCCACGUCACAUCCACGGGCAUAUCCAUGGCCUCGCAAGGGGAUGGACCGAGCAACGAGGUCGAAGGCGAUGACUUUGAGGCGCUUCUCCUGGCACCUACCAUUCCCGCGCCAGACACAGCGGACGACCACUCUGCCAUCGUCCAUAUCCAGGAAGAAGGCAAGGGCUAUGGCCUCAAGGCAUACGUGGAAGAUUUUGAUGGAGUCAUCCCGGCGGCCGAGGUUGUCGUCGCUAGCAUUCCACUCGAAGUCGUCCAACAGCGCGAACUGGAGCUUGAACAGGCACGGAUCAAACGAGCCCAGGACGAAGCCAAGGAGUUCCAAAUGCGAGAAACUCUCCUGGCGUACAAGGAACAAAAGGCCCGCGACCGCCUCGCCGAAGCCGCGGCGGAACACACCAAGAAAAUGGCGGCCAAGGAGCUCCAGAGCUUACACGUCGUCAAGUUGCAGUCCCAGUCCCUGUGGCACGUCUACCACCAGGCAGAGACUCAUUUGAAGAACGUCCUCACCCGGCAGCAAGCGCAUGUCGAAAACACAUAUGGCACGAUGUCAGUCGCGCCGACGUCGCACCUGCACGCACAGCGACGAUACCGGACCGAGUGGGCCUUUAUUCCGCAACCGAUUGAGAUUCACGUUCAUAUGCUACGAGCUGUCAAGGACAAGCUCCCUCAAGGGCACUAUGUCCUCCUCGCGACGCUGUACGACCGCCUCGGGGGCAGUCCGAUCACGUGGAGUGUCGCGGGAGACCGCGGUGUCGGGUCUAGCCUCCCCGGGCUCACAACGCCGCUGAGCCACCGCGGCCACUUCUACAACACCGAGCUUCACGUGGACCAGAACGUGUAUGUGGUGUGCCCUCCGCAGCAGGAACUGCGGCCAGCGAACGUCGUCCUGUUUGAAUUGUACUUGCUCAGCGGCGCCAACGCGACCAAGGACUGCGUCGUCGCGUGGGGCGUGCUGCCUGUGUGCAAUGCCGACUUUGACGUGGUCGCCGGGCGGUUCAAAGUGCCCAUGAUGCGGGGUGACGUCGACCACACGAUAUCCAAAUUCCACGAAAUGGAGCACAUGUGCUUGACAGACUUGUCGUCGUGGCUGUGUAACAUGUACGUGAUGGUGCGCCACCUGCCACGCGAGCGGCUCGACGCGACGGGGAUGCUCGAGCGAGAAUACGACGUCGAGGUGGACGUGAUGAACCAGCUUCUAAAGCUCGAGAGCACGGACCGACAACUCUUGGCCCAAGGCAUUUACGAUGAAGCAACGGCCAGACGGCACAACAAGCAAUCCAGGCGGCGAAAGCGGCAGCAUCUCGUCACAACCUCCACGCCCGUGAGCUUCUCCAACACAGUGUCAUGGGGGAAGGAGGCAAGUAAAGCCCAGACUCGGCGGAAAAUGCCACGUCACCAGUCCAGCAAAGUCGCUCCCACGAGUGGCGACGACCCGCACGACCCGUUGACGCUGCAAGACGACGUCGAUCACGAUACCAGGAAGAAACAGGCUGACAAGACUUGGCGCCAGUGGUUCCGACGGCGGUGGCAGCGCCGACCACGUCCGGCAUUUUCCAAACCCCAUCGUUCUCCAUCCAAUUCUUCUGAACGCGAUUCCUUAUCCAACGGCGACCAACCCACCGACUCCAGCGAUGCCCUGGACGAGCUCUUCGCCCCGGCGGACGCCCCGGCGCCAGCACACGCCCAAACGUGGGAAGGUUUUACCUUUGCAACGAAUCACUACAUCGGGGACGAAGUCGCCAAGCACGUGAGGUUUCAAACCGCGCGCAAACUGCGCUACUUGAAGCAAGAGCUCUUCGCCGACAUGGGGCUCAACAAGGCGGGGACGCUGCAGUUCUGGCUCAUGGUAAUCUUCUUGUGCAUGGCGCUGUGGCUGCGGCUGUACGUGCAUUACCUCGGCCAGUGGCUCUACCUCCGCGCCGUAAACGUGCCCGUGUUUGCAUUCAGCCCGCAGCUCGUGACAGUCGUGCUCAAGUACACGUGGAAUACGGUGCCGACGUCGACGGAGAUUGGAGUGAUUGCUGUCGGCGUUGUAUUCAACGUUCUCACGUUCCUGGGGCUGAUGGGGAUCGCGUCGGCGAGCCAGCGGUUCCUAGGUGAGUUCCCGGACAUUGGGUCCCGCUUCAUCGCGUGCUUUGGGCUCGGCACGGUGCUCGAUCCUGUCCUCGUCUUUGCGAUCGAUCUCUUGCAUCACAAUUACGACUGUGCGUCCCUCGGCACGUGCACCGACCCGUCGUCGUCGUCGUGCAAGUACGUCGCUAGCACUUGUGUUUCGUCGAUCGUGUUGGAUACAUGGGAUGGACGUGCCCGUUGCACAUGAUGGUGGCUCCAUGAUGGUGUAGGUGCUCGGAAGGCGACGCUUUCAAACUGUACCAGCGCUUCAAGAGCGAGGAAGGAACGGGCGUCGUCGGGGCGGUGCUCACGCUGCUUGUGUACGGUUUCCUCAUGGGUGUCGCGGCAGUCGUGUUUUACACGUACUUGCUCCAUUUUCACAUGAAUGGCCGCAUGCUCGAUGUGUAUCGUCGCAUUCACGCGCGAGAAGGCAUGUACUUUGUCCCGAACGACUUUGAGGUGUCAAAUGCGGACGUCACCGUCCUUUGCGACAAGGCUGCGCGGUGGAAGUCCAUGACGGGAACGCAGCGCAAGACCGCCGUGUGCGAGUACGAGCUGCGGGACCCACUCGACCCGUCCUUCGUCGAAACGACGGUCCACAUCGCGAUCUUCAACCUUGAGCUGGACGGAUCACGCCAACUCUACCGCCAUUUCAUCAAGAACCCAGACGGCGAGAUCCUCGAAGUGUUUGGCGCGAUCUCCGACAGCCUGGGGUCUCAGUACGCUGCCCUCGAGUCGGUGCUCUUUCAGACAGCACCGCCAGAUCACGACAUACACACGGGCCUGUUCGACUCGAUCUAACCUGCUCUAACUCGUUCCCUAUGUCGUCUCGAGGACGGGACACACGGUCGGCUGAUUCAGCCUGCGGAUGACAAGAUGUUAGGCUCGCUGAACUGCAUGUCAACACAACGGUAGUGACGCAUGCCUACGUUGACAGCGGCCAGCGACUUGCUCUAGGACGCAUAUACAAUACUCACUGCCAACGCUUUCGCAGAGGUACCUCGUGGCGUCCAUCUACCAUCUUCACUCUCCAUCCCACCACGUUGCCUGUGAUGGUGAAGACUUGAC